AUGGUGAUGAUUACACUGGUUCCAAUUUCCAUACUGGCCGUGCUCUGUAUUGUCUUGAUGGUCAACUCUGGGGCGGACAACACCAGGUUGGAGUUGGUGCGAGACAGAGUUGGUAGUAGCGUUCAGGAUGCAGGGGAGUUGGUACAUCAUCUACAGAUUGAGAGGGGGCUGAGCGCGCUCUAUAUCUCAUCGGGGGCCCAAGAUGGGCCUGGGUACUUGGUGGAUGUCUAUAAAGAAACAGACAGCGUCAUUCAGAACAUUACAUGGAACCUUGAAGUAGACUUUCCUAGUAGGGGUUACUUUAACAGCAAGGUUGACUUUAUUGCUCAUUUAGGUAGUUUUCGGGAUGACAUGAUAUCGAUCGGGGUUAAGAAUCUAACCAUUCCAGACGUCAUUGAUUUUUACACACGUGAUAUAGAUGCGAUAAUGUAUUGGCUGUCUGAAGACAUUAAAGACUAUAUGUCUGGAGGUCUGUGGCGACAACUGAUUGCCUACCAGUUCCUGAUCCUAGCAAAGGAGCACAUGGGUAAAGAACGGGCCAUCGGGGGUACGUUUUUCUCUUUAGGAGGUUUCAGCUCGAUUCAGGAUUACCUGUGGUACCUCAACGAAACAUUUAUGGCAGAAACGUACCUUAACACCGCCCUUCAACUUUCGUCAUUUCUUCAAGAAGCUUACAAGAUUGACAAUGAGCUGUAUGAUCAACUCCAACAGAUGCGCUCUGAAAUUCACCACAAUGACUUCGAGAAUCUACAACCUUCGCUUACUAAGGGAGAUAACUGGUUCCAUAACAUGACGUUUUACAUUGAUAUCCUUUUGAAACUGCAAUACCGUCUGGCAGAUUUGAUCGUUAAGGAGCUGGAUUUAACCACAAGGCAGGGGAAAGUAAACGUAGUAGCCUGUGCUCUGCUCCUCUGCUCGGUUCUACUCACGGGACCGAUUAUCAUCUUAGGCAUCAUCCGACAGACUAAGUGCAUCCAACAAGUUAAUGAAAAUCUUCAUCUGAAAACGAAACAACUCCGGGAGCAGAAGAAACGAGCGGACUCCUUGCUGUACCAGAUGCUACCCAAGACAGUAGCUGAGCAGCUCAAGCAAACUGGCAAUGUACCUGCUGAGACGUACGACGCAGUCACGGUCUUCUUUUCCGAUGUGGUCAACUUUACCGUUGUGUCAGCAAUCAGCACACCCAUUCAGGUGAUUGUCAUGCUGAAUACGUUAUAUCAGUGCUUAGACGGAAUCAUUGACAGAUAUGACGUCUACAAAGUGGAGACAAUUGGGGAUGCGUACAUGGUCGUGUCAGGAGUACCUCAGCGAAAUGGCAACAAACAUGCCCCAGAGAUGGCCCGGUUAUCCCUAGCAAUCUGCUCUGGUGUGUCCACGGUUCAAAUCCCACACCUUCUUGGAAGCAUCUUCAAGCUCCGCAUUGGAAUUCACACUGGUCCGUGUGCUGCAGGUGUAGUUGGAUCCACGAGACCACGUUAUUGCUUAUUUGGAGACACAAUCAACACUGCAUCUAGGAUGGAAUCAACUGGAGAACCUGGCAAGAUCCACAUUAGUGAAGCUAUGAGAGAUGCCCUUAUACGGUGUGGUGAAAGAUUUGACAUUGUCUUAAACGGAACACUGAACAUUAAGGGAAAAGGCGAAAUGAUUACAUACUUUUUGGAUGGGGGCAACAUCCACCCUAACACAGAGUUGGAGGACUAAUAAAUCCAAGUGACAAGGCGAAGGAUUUGAA